AUUAAAUAAAACUACACGUGUGUUUGGAACAGGUUUCAGUUUGAAAGAUUUCAAGCCAUGUCAGCCAUGUGAUGUUUCAAGCUAAAGGCGUGUAUAAGAGAUAAAUGCUGUGUUUUGGGAUAGGUACCUACUUUGCAGGCGAUUUUCACAGGCCUCCAAUAAUUCACUUUGCUGAAUGAAAACAUUUCCGUCUUUGGCUUGCAAUCUACAACUCAAGUUCUUACCCAUUUAUUUUCCUAAAUGACUUGGUAGGAAAUUAAAAUGUCCUUCUCUGGUUGCACACUCAAGAGAAAAGAUGGGGUGAAUGUGCCUCUUGUGAAUGGAAAACAAAUCAUUGGAAGGUCAAGAGAGACUAUGAUAAAAGAUGUGCGCUGCUCCAAGAAGCAAGUUGAGUGUGACGUCGACCUGUCGUCGGGCACGGUCCUGGUGCGCACCCUCGGCGCCAACCCGUCGGCGGCGCUCGGCCGGCCGCUGCCUCAGGGCCAAUCCGUGUCACUGCGGCACGGAGACUCUCUGGAGCUGCUCAGCGGACAGCAUCGGUUCGCGGUGAACUUUCUGCCGCCGCCGACCACCGCCUCGGGGUCCUCCACCGCCCGUCGGGACAGCCCCAGUGGUCUGAAACGGGCGGCGGGACCGGCGGAGGCUCCGUCCCCGAAGAGGGCUCGCCCGGACGGUGCCCUGGCCACCGGAUCGGACGAGGAGGGGUCAAGGGAGCAGUCUGAUGGCGAGGAACAGGAGACCCUCGCGGAACAGUGGACGUCGUUAAAGAACGACCAGCUGCUGAUGUUUGUCACCAAAGGAGUGAAGCCGUCCUCGAAGAUAGCGGCGUUCGAUCUGGACGGAACGAUAAUAACGACCAAGUCGGGCAAAACAUUCGCCAAAGACAGGGACGACUGGCAGAUCAUCUACCCAGAUGUGCCCAGAAAGCUGAAAGAACUCAGCAAAAGCGGCUUCAAGAUUGUUUUUCUAACAAAUCAGCUCGGCAUCAGCAAGCGGAAGCUGCUGCCGGAGGACCUGCGACACAAGCUGCAGAACAUCACCGGUCGGCUGGGUGUGCCGGUGCAGUGUCUCAUCUCGCCCGGCGACCGCUGGUACCGAAAACCGCGGCCCGGGAUGUGGGAGUACCUGAUCAAAACGGAAAACGGAUCGCGUACCAUUAACAUGAAGGAGAGCUUCUACUGUGGAGACGCGGCCGGCCGCCGAGAGGGCUGGGCACCCAAGAAGAAAAAGGACUUCUCGUGCUCCGAUCGUCUGUUCGCCAUCAAUGUGGGACUGCGGUUCUACACGCCUGAAGAGCUGUUCCUCGGUCAGCCGGCCACCAACAAGUACCAGCUGCCGGAGUUCGACCCUCGGGCGGCGGUGGAUGGCGCCCGAACGGCGGUCCCGGUCAGCGCAGCGCGGACUGAGAAGGAGAUUGUCGUCCUGGUCGGACCGCCCGGCUCUGGCAAGAGUCACGUGACGUCCACCCAGCUGGUGCCCGCUGGUUACGUGGCUGCCAACCGGGAUACGCUGAAAUCGUGGCAGAAGUGCGUCCAAGUCGCCGAACAAGCUAUCAAGGAGGGCAAGAGCGCGGCGGUGGACAACACUAACGGGGACCGCGAGAGCCGCGCCCGGUACGUGCAGCUGGGCCGCCGACUCGGCGUGCCCGUCCGCUGUCUGCUGAUGACCACGACACUGGCGCACGCGCGGCACAACAACAAGUACCGGGAGCUGACUGACUCGUCUCACCAGCACGUCAGCGACAUGAUCUUCAACAUGUUCAAGUCUCGAUACGAGGAGCCCACCACCGACGAGGGAUUCUCAGAGAUCUGUCGACUGGACUGUCUGCCGACCUUUAGCGAUCAACAACAGGAGCGAAUAUACCGGCUCUACCUACUGGAGAAGUGAGCAGAGUCUGCUUCACACGGCAGUGAGUUUGUUUUGUAUUUACCAGGCGGGGAGUUGGGAGUGGCACUGUCGGCUGUGAAAGAGCAUCCGGAGAAGUGAGUUUGUGCUAACGCCCGCUAAGAGAUUAGCAUUGACUCACUUUCUCGGUCGCACAACGAAGUCGAUUUAUUGAUAGUAUCAUCCGGCCUCAUCAACAUCCGUGGAUUCACAUCGACAUUUUACGCCCCGAAUCCCCCGUGCUGGAGAGAUGGGUCCCGUACACUGACAAUAAUCUAAGUUACCAGCAGAAUUUCAUGUUUAACAAUCUCGUUUUUUGUUUCUCAUCAUAUACUAGAUGCGGUGGGAGUCUUCUUGCAUAAUGAUGUGAGGCCCCCGUUGAAGGUCUCCAGGCAACAGUACUGUCUUUUGCAACAGUUUGCAUACCUGUCGAUAGUUCUUACGCAAGUCCUUUGGUGCUUAGUGUUUUAACUAGGCGGUCCGGACUCUGUCUUCGACGGCGUGACGUCAUGUCAUUCCUAGGGUGGUUUUAUUUUCUUAUGUCUUUGUAUCGUUGGUAUGAUUUUACCACCGGUGUCCGACAUAGAUCGAUAUCAACAUUUUUCGAUGUUUUCUGUGAAGUAGACUGGCUUCUUGUUCAGCAGCCUAUAACUAACUGCGCGCUUGAUCACCCCCAGCUUCGCUGCAAUGAUUGGCGAUACUGCGCUGGAGAUCAGUUCAAUUUGGUUGGUUUAUUUUUUCGGCAGUUAUUACGGUCGUUAUGGCCAUCGUGCUGUUGUGGAGGCCGCUAGCUGCGAGCACUGAGCUCAAAUAUAUAUCGCAGAGUUUUUA